AUGUCGACAGGGUUCGCAGGCAGUAUGCAGGCGAAGGCCCAGGAGGUUGCCAAGGAAGAUUAUGAGAAGGCUCGAGCCCUCGCCGCCGAUGCAGCACGAAGCGGUGCUUUCCUCUAUCCAUUCAAGGGUAUUUUUUACUUCCUGACCCAUCGAGCCUUAUGGAAGCCGCUUGCCUCCCGGCUCCUGCCCACACUGGGCCUCUCGGCUGCUGUGGUUGCCGGCAUGUUCUUCUUCACGUAUCUGCCGCAGCUGGCGAUUCUGGUCUUCGUCAAUGGACCUCUGGCUGUCUUCACCACAGUUUUGCUCAUUCUCAACGAGAGCUCGACCCUCAUCAACAUUGUGUCUCGCAACUUCCUACUUCAGGAUGCUUUGCUCGAUACCUUUGACGGAACUCUGGUCUCGCGCAACGCCACAGGGGUCGUCAGUGAAGGUCGGCAACUCAAGUCUGGCGGAGAUCCCAUUGAACGGCUUGGGAAGAUUCUCAAGAGUCCUUUUGAAAAAUAUAGCCCCAAAGCCUUGAUUCGAUACAUUAUGUACUUGCCGCUUAACUUCAUCCCAAUUGUUGGCACGGUUAUCUUUAUUUUCAUCCAAGGCCGAAGUCGAGGUCACUCCGUCCAUGGCCGGUACUUCCAACUGAAAGAAUGGUCAUCGUCCCGUAGGUCUGACUGGCUCGCGCGACACACCGGAGCGUACACCGCGUUCGGCACUGUUGCGACUGUCUUGGAGAUGAUUCCCUUUGCUGGAAUUUUCUUUGGAUUUACCAACGCAGUUGGGGCUGCUCUCUGGGCAGCGGACAUUGAAGAGAAGAACACUCAAAUGGAGCAGAGCACUGCCCCUGGACUCCGAGAAGCGGCAAAGAAAGCCGAGUAG